CCUCAAGCGCUUCUAGCAAGACAAACGACCAUGUCCCAAGAUGACAGCCCCGGGAAAGAAACACACAAUGACCCUUUCCCUUGGGAACUGGGUGUCUACGACGCCCACUGCCACCCAACAGAUAUCAUGGCCUCGAUCGCCGAGAUCCCGCAGAUGAAAGCGAGGAAGCUUACGGUUAUGUCUACGCGCGGGGAAGACCAGGAUCUUGUAUUCAAUAUCGCCUCAAAGUUCUCAAAAGAGGAAAACAGCAACAAUGGGGGGAAUGAGGGCCGCAUCCUCCCAUGCUUCGGCUGGCAUCCAUGGUUCUCAUAUCAAAUCCUCGACGACACCACAACACCGGAAUCAACAGACGAAGACGACGACGACCUGAAAAAAGCACACUACAAAAAAGUCCUAACACCCUCCCCAAAAGACGACGACACAGGAAACCACUUCAUAUCCUCCCUCCCAUCCCCAAAACCCCUCUCCAACCUCAUAACCCAAACCCGCACCCGCCUGAGCACCCACCCAACCGCCCUAAUCGGCGAAAUAGGCCUCGACCGCGCCUUCCGCCUGCCCAACCCCUGGACAACCAAGGACUUCGAAACCCGCGAUAAUACCGUGACACCUGGGUCGCGGGAGGGAAGGAAACUGUCUCCGUACCGGGUACACUUGGAGCACCAGAAGGUUGUGUUGAGGGCUCAGUUACGGUUGGCGGGGGAGAUGGGGAGGGCGGUGUCUAUACAUAGUGUGCAGGCGCAUGGGGCUGUGUUUGAUGUGUUUAAGGAACUAUGGAAGGGGUAUGAGAGGAGGGUUGCGAGUAGGAAGGAGAGGAGGAGGGGGAGUGUUGCGGGGGCGUAUGAGGAAAGUGAUGAGGAUGCCGCUAAGGCAUCUCAAUCCAAAUCUACAUCAGAAGAAGAAGAGAAGAAGCCGUCACUUCCCUUCCCACCACGCAUCUGCAUGCACUCAUACUCCGGACCCGUGGAAGCAGUGAAGCAAUUCCUGCACCUGGCCAAUCCAUCUGAUGUCUAUUUCUCCUUCUCGAAUGUGAUUAAUUUCUCCGCGCCGGGGGCGCAGAAGGCGAUUGAUGUCGUUAAGGCGUUGCCGGAUGAUAGAGUUCUUGUGGAGAGUGAUUUGCAUACGGCGGGGCCGGUGAUGGAUGGGCUUUUGGAGGAUGUUGUAAGGAGGAUUUGUGAGAUUCGAGGGUGGGGGUUGGAGGAGGGGGUUAGGAAGUUGGGGGAUAAUUGGAGGAGGUUUGUUCAUGGGUAG